AAAAGCGGUAGUCUUCUCCCAAGAAAGAAUUCUCUGCUCUUUCUUUCUCUGUUUCUUACACAGCGGAAAAUUCCAUCCGUUCAAUUCAGAAAGAAGAAAUUUUUCUCUUUUCCAUAGUCCGCUGUAGGUAUGGAUACUUCCCCGACGACUGCAGGGAAACCGCCUCAAAUCUCCGAGAUGUUCCAGAAAUUUGCAAUGGCAUUCAAGAGCAAGACCUUCGAGUUCUUCGCCGACGACGACAACAACAACAACAACAACCCAUCAGAUUCCGAAGGUUUCGCGCUUCUGGAUUCGGCUGAGGAUUUCAUUCCGGACCAGAAGGUGGUCGUGAUCAAACCGGACCCACCUGCGCGGACAUCGUCGAACGAAGGGAGUGUCCAGAAGAGAAUCGUCGAUGCCCAGAUGGGGGAUGCGUUGGUUUCGUCGAUUUUCGCUACGGUUUCUAUGUUUGAGGCUUCCUAUCUUCAGCUACAGACAGCCCAUGUGCCGUUUGAGGAGGAGAGUGUGAAGGCGGCUGACAAGGCUCUGGUCUCGCAUCUUCAGAGGCUGUCGGAUUUGAAGCAAUUCCACAGAGAUUUGUGUAAGAAACCUGAUUUUGAGGCUGGUUUGUCUUUUGGGUCUUGCUUGGAGGCUCAGGUGCAAGAGAAUCAGAGCAAGCUGAGGACUCUGGGAUUGGUUUCUGAUCGGUUGCAGGAGGAGAUUGACCAAAAGGAUAGUGAAGUUUUGGCUUUGAGGAAGAAAUUGGCUGAGAUUCAAAGGACUAAUGCCAAAUUGUCCCAAAAAUUGUCCGGUAAUUUGAGUACAGCUUGUGAUAUUCUGUUAUCUGUUAGGGUUUUUGAUUCUGUUUUGCAUGAUGCCUGCAGAGCAACGAAUAAAUUUUGUAAGAUUUUGAUUGAUUUGAUGAGAAAAGCUGGGUGGGAUUUGGAUUUGGUGGCAAAUUCAGUCUAUCCUGAUAUUGAUUAUGCUAAGCAAGGGGAUAGUAGAUACGCUUUUCUAUCCUAUGUUUGUUUGGGGAUGUUUCAAGGUUUUAAUUUAGGAGGUUUUGGUUUGAGUGAAAGUGAAAUUGUGUGUAAUGGGCAUGCCCCUGAAGCUGCUGAGAGCACCUCUUCAUUGAAGCAAUUACUCGAACAUGUAUCGAGCAAUCCAAUGGAGUUGCUAAGUACAAACAGCAGUUGUGAUUUCUCAAGAUUUUGCGAAAAGAAGUACCAAGACCUCAUCCACCCUACAAUGGAGUCAUCAAUUUUCAGCAAUCUGGAUAGAAAUGAAGCUGUACUGAAGUCAUGGAGGUCACUAAGUACAUUCUAUGAGUUGUUUGUUCGGAUGGGCAGUUCAAUAUGGAUGCUUCAUAAACUGGCAUUUUCAUUUGAUCCUGUGGUUGAGAUAUUUCAAGUUGAAAGAGGGGUUGAUUUUUCAAUGGUCUACAUGGAAGAUGUCACAAAAAGAUAUAUGCAGCCUGACAAGACUAAGCUGAAGGUGGGCUUCACUGUGGUUCCAGGAUUUAAAAUUGGAAGGACUGUAAUUCAGUCUAGAGUUUAUUUAAAUGGUCUUAGAUGUACAGAAUAGUUGCUCUUGGCUGCCUUGUGUAGAGAAAUUUAGUAACAACGCGGCUUCUCAAUGUGGAAAAGAGGAGAGGUAAAGAAAGGUUGUUUAGGCUUUGUUCGAAUUUUUCGCUGCAAUCCUAGAGGGUUAGGAUUUUCAUCAAUAAACCAUAAUGGCACUAGAAUCCCAAGGAUUCUAGUAACAGUUUUAAUGGGUGCCUUUGCCUGCCUUGGUUUAUCAGGCUCAAGAGGACUAAACACAUUGGGGAAGUCAUUUCAUAGUAUAAACACUUGAAGACUGCUAAAUCUGUUGCUGGCUUGCUUGCGCAGCACAGACUGGGCUCUUGGGUGUGAUGGUAUAGCUACCUCUCAUAUUCUGAUACAUAGCUUGUUUCCAUCCUGUGAAUUUCUUAGGAUUUUCAUGCAACUUCCUUGUAUAAAUGGAUGUAAAGCACUUCCUUUUUCACUUCUUUUUUAUUCUACUCCCCUUCCUUUUUUCUUAAGCUUUGUGAGUUUUUUAUACAAGAGAACACAUUAACAAGUUGUUUAUGUAAAUAGUUGUUCUAAUAUAUAAUAUAGUUUGUA